AUGGCGCGCAAGCGUAAGAGCGCCGCUGAAGCCGCCAACGUGUGCCCGCGGGAUCUCAAUGAGAUCCCGUAUAUUGCUUGGAUGAACAAGCAGCUGUCCGCCGGUCGCAAGCCAUCUGGCCCGCAACCAGUAGGAACUCCUUCGCGUGGCGACACCUCUUACCAAGCCCCACGUGACGUCCCGACGCGCGGGCGCCGUGACGCUGACUGGGUGGCAUCGUCGCGCAGUCCCGAAGUUAACACGUAUGGAGUAGAAGACGACGACGCCGACUACAACGAGGAGGCCGAUGGCACAGACGACGAGGCUGACUCCCGGGAAGAGGAUGACAAGGGCAUGUCCGACUCUGAUGCCAUCGCGGACGGCGAUGACACGAAGACCGACGACGAGGACGCACCGGAGGAAUCGCAGCCUGCUACUCCGCCAGUUUGCCGCGGUCCUGCUAAGGCGGCGCCGGGAGUCAAGAACGCCGCCAAGGGCGGGGAGCCACCUCGACGCGCGCCAAAGAUCCGCGACCCCAUGCCGGUGAAGCGCAGCCCCCUGGAGAGCACGAUCCUCGUGGCCGCCCGCUGGUUCACGAAGGAUGAGCUUGAGCCGCUGCUGGGGAAGCAGGGGUCCCAGUAUUGGGCCCGCCUUGUGCGACACCUCGAGGCCGAAAAUCCUGGAUGGGUCCGCGGCGUCAACGCCGUGCAGAAGCAGUGGCGCAACCUCGUCUCCAUGUUCAAGCAGUUGCAGAAGGCGGACAAGGCGUCCGGUAACGGUGUGGUCUCGCCCGCGUGUUGCACAGACGCUACCAUGGCCGCGGCCAAGCUGGUCUCCGACACCAUCAAGGGUUGCCACGCGGAUGCGAUGGCAAAGCUCGAGGGGCUCGUUUGCGCCUGGAUGCAGCAAGACGCCGAGAUUGCCCGCGCCCGCAACCAGGGUACGACCCCACUGCCACCAACCGUCAGCGGAGUUCCCGUGGAUCAGCCACGCAGCCCGCACCGACCGCCGCGGAAGGCGACGGUGGAGGAUGGUUCCGUCGCGGUGAUGCCGGUGGUGUCGGAGCUAGUCCGGACGAGGCCGAGGAAGUGUGGGUUCGUGGCGACGCCGAGUAAGGUAAGACAAAUCCGAUGCUUCGCCGAGCCUCUUCCGCCUUUCACGCAAUGUCACCCGGUUGCAUGGCACGACCGGCUCCCAUUUGAAAUCUGCAACUGCGCCGCGGGUCCACCAAGGAUCCCGGUUCCGUGGCAAGUUUGCCCACGCCGCAUUGACGCGCCUCACAUCCCCCAUCGUCUCACACAUGUUGUGCAGGAUUACACAACAAAACGCCCCUACAAGCACGCGCCAUAG